CUGUGCGGAGUGAAGACGGAACUCCCGUUGCUGGAGGUUUAAUUGAAUGCGUUUAGGGCAGCCACACCCGCAGAUUUUACUUUUUAAACUACUUUAACUGGUUGGGAGACAGAAACAGAGUGUGCUGGUCAGCGUGGAGCGGGAGGAUCUAAAGGGGGUCUUAUCAUCGGCAGUGAUGGCGUUGCAUGAGUUCACAUCCACAGCUGCACACCUGUAUGAUGAGUGGAUCAAAAAUGCUGACACCAGGACUGAAGACUGGCUGCUCAUGUCCUCUCCAUUCCCGCAAACAAUUAUUAUUGCUUUUUACAUCUACUUUGUGAAAUCGCUGGGGCCCAGGAUAAUGGAGAACAGGAAACCAUUUGAACUAAAGCAGGUCCUGGUCAUCUAUAACUUCAGCAUUGUGGCCUUUUCUCUUUACAUGUGUUAUGAGUUUGUGAUGUCAGGCUGGGGAACCGGAUAUUCAUUCCACUGCGAUCUGGUAGACUACUCUCCAUCGCCACAAGGCAUAAGGAUGGCAUGGACUUGCUAUCUCUAUUACUUCUCCAAGUUCAUUGAGAUGUUAGACACAAUUUUCUUUGUGCUGAGGAAAAAGUACAAUCAGGUGACCUUUCUGCAUGUCUACCAUCAUUCCAUCAUGCCUUUCACCUGGUGGUUUGGAGUCAGGUUUUCUGCAGGUGGCAUGGGGACAUUUCACGCUCUUCUUAACUGCAUCGUUCAUGUCAUCAUGUAUACAUACUAUGGGCUGUCAGCACUGGGCCCGGCCUACCAGAAGUUUUUAUGGUGGAAGAAGCAUCUGACUUCAAUACAGCUUAUCCAGUUUGUCUUGGUAUCCAGUCAUAUAAGCCAAUACUACUUCAUAAAAGACUGUACUUACAAGUUCCCCAUAUUCAUCUGCAUCAUAUGUCUGUAUGGCUUUGUCUUCCUCCUCCUCUUCCUCAACUUUUGGUACCACGCCUACACGAAAGGCAAAAGGCUGCCUAAAGUCCAUCAAAACACAAGCAUGGCACAAAAUAACAAUGAUGUACACCACAAGAAAGAAUAACUGGUGUGGUAUGAGCUACCAUUCGGCAGUGACAAUCUACUUAAGACAGGCAGUUGGCUGCAUUUUUAUAUCAAGAAUAUUUAUGUUUACCAUAAAGGUUUAUGUUGAUGCCCUGGGCAAAUGUUACUGUGCAGAUUGUGUCCAACAGUCUAGGGUGGUUCUUUCCUUCUACACUCAGCUGGGCAUGCAAGUUCAAUUUGGGGUCGUUGCCCAAGGGCUGUAGCUGUUGCCACUUUGUUUUUUUUGUGUGUGUGUGUGUGUGUACUGGCGUGUUUCUCAUCCCUCUUUAAUGAGAUAUGAAAGUCUGAAACCACCUAGCUCUGACACCUCGUUUUAUUAACGUUUUAGAUGCAAUUUUUGUAUACGUUUGCUCUAUUGCUUUUUUUUUUUUUUGUCUAGACAGCUAAUAAUAUGGGCAAUUGUUGCCAUGUUCCAUUUGGUAAAACGGUCAAUACACUUCUCCACAACUUAAAUGAUUAGUUCACCCAAAAAUACAAAUUCUGUCAUCAUUUACUCACCCUUAUGUUAAGGCAACAUUUACCUCCAUUGCAUCUUUUUCCAUGCAAUGAAAGUGAAUGGUUGCAAAGAAUAAGGUUAUUUUGUGUUCCAUAGUAAAAAAAAUACUGAGUUGGAACAACAUAAGGGUAUGUAAGUAGUGAUAUAUUUUUUUAUUUUUGGAAUUAAUAAUACCUUAUUAAUUUUUUGUUCUCCCUACAUAAUAAGGAAAACUCUGGGAACACUCUACUGCGUGCAGUUGGUGCUGUCUCCUGUAAUGUAUUGUGAAGUGUCUGUCACCCUGUACAUGUUACAUUGAGUCCAGAGUGAAUGGAAGCAUUCUUCAACUGUCCUAAAAGGAACCGAUGCAUUGAUCUUAACAGUGCGAUAUUGGUGAAACAGGACUGGAACUAAGAAGCUCUGCUUGACAAUUUCUUGAAUAUGGUUACUUUUUGUUUUUCAUAUCGUGCUGUCAUGAAUGUCUUGGGCUGUUUUGUCCUGGACAUGAGCCCACAUAAUUUUUGUAUAAGGAAAUGUAGUAUGUUAAUGGACUGUUUUAAAUAUUUAUGGAAAAAAAAUAAAUGCUGUGU